AGAAUGGAAGGCCGACAGAACUGGCCGAUCUCCUCCCUUUCACUGCUUUUACUUUCCAAUCUUCUUUUCGUCCUUGUGAACUCCACUUCCGCAAUAAACUCUUCUUCUGUGGCUGCAUACACACCUCCGGAUAACUAUCUAAUUGAUUGUGGAUCACCGCAGGAUACCAAGCUUGAUGAUGGCCGAACCUUCAAAUCUGAUUCUUCCUCGCGGAGUUACCUUGAAACCAGUGAAGAUGUACAAACUUCUGUCGAUUCCAUUUCCGUGAAAGUGUUUUCUGUCUCUUCUUCUGCGCUCCCUUUAUUUCGCAGUGCUAGGAUUUUGACGGCUGUUUCAAAAUAUACAUUUUACAUCACUCGUCCAGGGUGGCAUUGGGUUCGUUUUUAUUUUCACCCGCUUCCUCACCCUGUAUACAAUCUAACCAGUGCUGUUUUCAGUAUCACCACUGAUGAGGUUGUCCUUUUACAUGACUUCUUUGUCAAAGAUAACUCCACACUGGUUUUCAAGGAAUACCUCUUUAAUGUUUCCGGUGAUAGAUUCUCCCUCCUUUUCAAGCCCAAGGAGAGAUCUUUUGCAUUCAUCAAUGCCAUCGAAGUUGUGUCAGCCCCUGACGGUCUUAUCUCUGAUUCUGCAUCCACAGUUCCCCAAGGUGGAACUUUAAAUGGUUUGUUUCAGCAUGCUUUUGAAGUGUGUUAUCGGUUGAAUGUUGGAGGACCAACCAUAACUCCAAUGAAUGAUACCUUGUCAAGGACAUGGCUGCCUGAUACCCCAUACAACGUCUUUCCCCAAGGAGCGCAGAAUGCAUCCAUUAUUCCCAGUGCUGUCAAAUACCAGCAAAGUGGAGCUGCUCCAUAUAUCGCACCGAACUGGGUUUAUGCAACUGCUGAUGAAAUGGCAGAAUCUGAGACGCUGCAACCAAACUUCAAUCUGACAUGGCAGAUGAAUGUUGAUCCUGGAUUUUCGUACUUGAUCAGAAUGCACUUCUGUGACGUUGUCAGCCAGGCCCUUAAUGAUUUGUACUUCAACGUGUAUAUAAACAGCAUGAUGAGUGUAUCAGGUCUUGAUCUUUCUUCCAUAAACAAUGCCCUUUCAACUGCAUAUUAUACAGAUUUUGUGCUCAAUGCCUCGUCCAUCAGGAAUGGUUCCGUCAGGGUUCAGGUUGGCCCUGCUUCCGGCAUGCAGUCAGGCAUCUCUAAUGCUAUUCUUAAUGGAUUGGAGGUCAUAAAGAUUAGCAACUCAAUGAGGAGCUUGGAUGGUUUAUUUGGCGUUGAUGGAUCAUCAGGUGGAGGACGUCCAAUGAAGAUUGUUGCGGGUGUUGGGCUUGCAAUGGGGGUGACAGCAAUGCUGUUACUUGCAAUUGUGUGCAUCCGGUGGCAACAGGGGCCUCGAGAUUGGGAGAAGCGAAACAGCUUCUCGUCAUGGCUCCUUCCUCUCCACACCAGCCAAUCUUUUUUCUCGACCAGCAAGAGCAGCUCGAGGAGAUCAAGCAUUUUCGGUUCCCGGACAAGCAAAAGUGGUUAUUCUAGCUACUUUUCUAAUCAAGGUCUUGGCCGGUACUUCAGUUUUAGUGAAUUGCAGAAUGCCACACAAAACUUUGAUGAGAAGGCAGUGAUUGGAGUUGGUGGGUUUGGAAAAGUUUAUCUUGGAGUGUUUGAAGAUGGAACAAAGAUGGCAAUAAAACGAGGGAACCCAGGAUCAGAGCAGGGCAUAAACGAGUUCCAGACAGAAAUACAAAUGCUUUCCAUGCUAAGGCAUCGCCACCUUGUAUCACUUGUUGGCUUCUCAGAUGAACAAUCAGAGAUGAUUCUUGUUUAUGAGUACAUGGCUAAUGGCCCGCUUCGUGACCACAUCUAUGGCUCAAAAAAAGCCCCUUUGUCAUGGAAACAACGACUUGAGAUUUGCAUUGGUGCAGCUCGAGGUUUGCAUUAUCUGCACACCGGUGCAGCACAAGGCAUCAUCCACCGCGAUGUAAAAACCACAAAUAUACUUGUUGAUGAGAAUUUGGUUGCGAAAGUAUCAGACUUUGGGCUUUCCAAAGCUGCACCAAUGGAACAACAGUAUGUGAGCACUGCCGUGAAGGGUAGCUUUGGAUAUCUUGAUCCUGAGUACUUCAGGAGACAGCAGCUUACUGAGAAAUCUGAUGUUUAUUCGUUUGGAGUGGUUUUGUUUGAGGUUUUAUGUGCAAGGCCUGUAAUAAACCCGGCAUUACCAAGAGAGCAGGUGAAUUUGGCUGAGUGGGCAAUGCAGUGUCACAGGAAGGGAGUGCUUAACAAGAUAAUUGAUCCACAUAUCGCCGGAAGUAUCAACGAAGAAUCACUGAAAACAUUCGUGGAAGCUGCGGAGAAGUGUUUAGCAGAACAUGGUGUUGACAGGCCUGGCAUGGGAGAUGUAUUGUGGAACCUAGAAUAUGCCUUGCAGCUUCAGGAGACUUCCUCUCAAACUCAAACAGAUCUUCCAGAGGAUAAAAGCACCAGUCACAUAAUUGCCUUCGAAAAGCCAAAUGGAAAAGUUUGUGGAGGAGACUCUGGUGUUUCUGUCAGUGAUGAUUCUCAAGUAACUGUUACUUCUCCUUUAUUCUCUCAGAUUGAGAAUUUUCAGGGAAGGUAAGAAACUGAUUACAAAUUAAACAACUAAAUAAAUGGUAGCAGCAUGCACUUGUUGGUGGUAUAUCUACGUCUCUAUGCAUGAGCAUGACCGUAGCUACUCUCAGAAAAGUCCUCAACGUCGGCCAACAUAGAUGCGGUGGGCAUUUUUCCAACCAAAAAAAAAAAAACCCUUUAUUUCUUUUUCUUUUUUUUUCACUAUACUAAACUGGGUUGUUUGUAGAUGAUUCUGCUGGGCAGACCUGAUUGCUUCUUAUUUAUCAUUUUUUUAUUUUAUUUUUUUCCCUCUAAAUCGUCGUGUUUGGUUGUUUAAUUAGUAAUAGGGCAUCAUCUUGUACAAUAAAUAGCACUCGACCAAUGA